ACUUCCCCUCAUCAGUCUAGAAUUUCUAGAUCCAUCCAUCUGUUUUUAAAGGAACUGGGUUGCCGCAAAAACAACAUUAACCCAAACCAAACUCAAUCAAUUUCUAUAGAUUCCGCUUCUCACCAUUGAACUACUGCAAAGUUCUCUGUCAACCCUCCCUAGGAUAGCCUUUUCCGGAGAUCGAAUUGAUUAGUUGGGGAUUGAUCAUAUACAGCACUCAUGUCUGUAAAUCAUAAGAGUGGUAAAGAUCAUUUAGUUAUCGAUAUUAUUGACAAGAAAUGCAUCUUCAGAGUUCCUAACGUGCUCCGGAGACAAAACCCCGAGGCAUAUACACCUGACGUUGUUGCAAUCGGACCUUUACAUCAUUAUCGAGAAAAGCGAGGCAAGGAAGAAGGUAAAGGAGGCAAGGAAGACAAAGAAGACAAAGGCGAGGAAGAUUUCCAACUCCUGAAACGAGGGAAAAAAAGCUAUUUGAAUGAAAUUCUCGCACGUAUGAAGAAUAUAACUUUGGAAGAGUUGACCACAAAAGUUACUGAGCUCUCAGAUAAGAAGAAUGAAGGUGGGUUUGAGGAACGAGCUCGCAACUUUUAUGCAGAACCACUUGAUCAUAUUCCUUCCAAAGACUUCAUCGAGAUGAUGAUAGUUGAUGGUUGCUUCAUAGUUCAACUAUUUCGGAAGUGUAAACAUUCCAAUCUCAGGGCCUCAGAUGACCUGGUGUUCAACAUGGACUGUAUGUUUCAUUUCCUAUGCCAUGACAUUUUGCUCCUAGAGAAUCAACUACCUUGGUUUGUUAUCCACAGUUUGUAUAGCCUUACCCUUGAAAUAUACCCUGAUGAAGCCUCUCUCUCUGUUCUCAUCCUUAAAGCCUUCAGCAUACUACCAUCACUGAAGCAAAGUUGCUCAUCUUAUAAUAAGCAUCUCGGCAAGAUCAAGUGUCAUUGUGAUGCUGAUUAUCUGCACAUACUUGAUCUGGUAAGAGCUUCCAUAGUUAUUCCAUUGAAGACCAUAGAUGCGAGAGUAGCUAGAAAAGAAUCUAUGUCCGACCGAGCUGAAGAACAUCAAGUGCAUUAAAGGACCGUAGACAAGGCAGAGAGUAAAUCUGUUCAUGAAGCUAUCUUUGACCCAGAUCUACAUCAAAUACGUACCGCAACCGCUCUCUCAAAGGCAGACAUUAAAUUCAAAAAAGUCAUAAGGGAGAGCAUAAUGGACAUUCGAUUCAGAGUGGGUGGGUGGUUCAGGAAUGGGAUUCUAGAGAUUCCACAGCUAAACGUUGGAAUGUCAUCGGAAACAUUAUUCAGGAACCUUAUUGCAAUUGAGCAAUGCUUCCAUGGUUAUUCAAACGUGAUAACAUCUUAUGCCAUCUUUAUGGAUAACCUCAUCUCUUCAAAGGAAGAUAUGGAAUUACUUUGCAAGAAACAAGUAAUUGGUAACUGGAUGAGUGAUGAAGAUGGUUGUGAGUUCUUCAGCAAUCUUUACAAGGACAUCCCACACAACAAGUUCUACUAUUAUGGUCUGUGC